UCUCUCUCCAUUUCUCAUUAUUUUGCUUCUGCUUUUGCUAUAAAAUCAGGAAUUUCGUUUUUAACUUUCUGAUAUUUAACAUCUAACCUCGUCUGAGAGGCUUCGUGAAUCUUGGGUACACGCCUUCCCUUUAAAGCUUCAACUGUGUAAAGACUCAACACUCCAAAAAAGAGUGUGCGUUUCGAGUUAAUUUGGUGCGCAUUGUGAUUGUCUUAGCUCAGUUCAAAGUUACGCCUAACCUGCCGUUUCUUGAGAUCUCUUGGGCUUGAAUUGAAGUUUUAGGGUAUCAGCUCUUGCAUUUAGAACUGAUACUUGCGACAUGGCACUGGCAAGGGUGUGUAGAAGUGGCUUGAGAAGGUCUGGAAUGGCCUAUGGAAGUAGCUCAAGUGAGAGUGAUCUUCUAUUCCAUGAGCAAAACUGCAGUUACAGAUGUUCCUUUCCUUCCAUUGAGAAUGGCUCUACAAAUGGCAAUCUGUCAUACCUUUCCAGCAUCAGAAAGGUAAAUCAAGCAAGUUUUGGGAGCAGGGGAAUUAGUGUAACCCCACAUUAUCAAUUUGUUAAUGCAGAGAGGAUGGUAGAGGAGUCAGAAUCAGAGUAUGAGGAUCCAAGGUUUCCAGGCAUGGAAGCCACCAAACCAGGUGAAAAGCCAAGAGUAGUUGUCCUUGGUACUGGCUGGGCUGCAUGUCGAUUCCUGAAAGGACUUGACACCAAAAUAUAUGAUGUCGUUUGUAUAUCACCAAGGAAUCACAUGGUUUUCACUCCCUUACUAGCUUCAACUUGUGUUGGAACUCUUGAGUUUCGAUCAGUAGCUGAGCCAGUUAGUCAAAUACAAUCUGCGUUAGGAACAAAUCCCAAUUCACAUUUUUAUCUUGCUUCUUGCAACGGCAUUGAUACUGACAAACAUGAAGUGUAUUGCGAAACAGGUAAUAGUGGGACAUUACCUCGUGAGCCUUACCAAUUCAAGGUUGCGUAUGACAAGCUUGUCAUUGCUGCCGGAGCUGAGCCUUUAACUUUUGGCAUCAAGGGGGUUAAGGAACAUGCAUUUUUUCUCCGGGAAGUCAAUCAUGCCCAAGAAAUAAGGAAAAAGCUUCUCCUCAACUUGAUGCUCUCUGAAAAUCCAGGCAUAACAGAAGCCGAGAGGAGACGCCUUCUGCACUGCGUUGUAAUUGGAGGUGGCCCUACAGGGGUGGAGUUCAGUGGUGAGCUGAGUGAUUUUAUCAUGAGAGAUGUCUCAGAGCGAUAUACACAUGUUAAGGAUUACGUCAAAGUCACCCUCAUAGAGGCUAAUGAAAUUCUGUCAUCCUUUGAUGUUAGUUUAAGGCAAUAUGCAACGAGACAUUUGACUAAGUGUGGUGUUAGACUUACGCAAGGUGUGGUGAAGGAGGUGCAUCCCAAGAAAAUAGUUCUUAAUGAUGGAACUGAUGUUCCAUAUGGACUCUUGGUCUGGUCUACAGGAGUAGGCUCUUCUCAGUUUGUGAGGUCGCUAGGUCUUCCAAAGUCUCCUGGUGGAAGGAUUGGUGUUGAUGAAUGGUUGAGGGUUCCUUCUGUGCAAGAUGUGUUUGCACUUGGAGAUUGUGCCGGUUUUCUUGAACAAACAGGGAGGCCAGUGCUCCCAGCUCUUGCUCAGGUUGCAGAAAGGCAAGGGAAGUAUCUGGUGGAGUUAUUUAAUAAAAUUGGUAAGGGAGAUGGAGGUAAGGCUUUUAGUACAAAAGACAUCCCUCUAGGUGAGCCUUUUGUGUACAAGCAUCUUGGAAGCAUGGCCUCAGUUGGUCGCUAUAAGGCACUGGUGGAUCUACGCCGGUCCAAGGACGACAAGGGCUUAUCUCUUGCUGGAUUCGGUAGCUGGCUAAUUUGGCGCUCAGCUUACCUUACCCGCGUUGUAAGCUGGAGGAACCGGUUUUACGUGGCUGUCAACUGGGCAACGACACUGGUGUUUGGCCGAGACAACUCCAGAAUUGGUUGACAACCUUCACACUAGCCAUAUACUGUCGGAUUGGUGCUUUGUUAGCGCGCGAUAGUUUACGUAUCAGUAUGAACUUGACACCAUGCUCUCAUCAAUUUUUUGACCUCUCAGUACUGGCAGAGUUUGGUGAAAUAAUUCAUUCAGAAUGCUCACAUUGUUCUAUAGAAAUGGUUAAAAGAGUUGCCUGUCCUCGAAAGGGUGCUCAAUUAUAUAGAAGGCUAGAGAAGCUAUGUAAUCAGCCCCAAAUAACCCUGUCAGCAUAAGAUUUUUUUUAUGUGUAAUGUUUGCACCACCAUGCUUCAA